AUGGCUUCGUAUAUCAAGGAAACAGAGACCGAGAUUGUUUUGACACAUCCUAGGGACAGCAGCACCAGCGUGCGGAUUCUCAAGUACGGAGCGACGAUUCUGUCGUGGAAGGUCAAAGGACAAGAACAGCUAUGGCUCAGUGAGAAGGCCAUUUUGGACGGAUCGAAAGCAGUUCGCGGUGGAAUUCCGCUUGUUUUCCCUGUUUUUGGCAAGUCCGAGGGCCAUGAAACAAGUCAAUUGCCCCAACACGGGUUCGCUCGUAACAGUGUUUGGGAGUUUUUGGGCCAGGUCGAGUCGGAUCCUUUGACUGUUCAAUUUGGAUUGGGUCCUGAGAACAUUUCUGAGACCGCUCGUUGUCAAUGGCCUCAUGAUUUCACACUCAUUUUCACUGUUUCGUUGCCCAGUGAAGACAGUUUGUCCACUUCGUUAGAAGUCGAGAACACCGACAAACAGCCCUGGGAGUUCAACGUGCUCUUCCACACGUAUUUCCGGAUUCCCGACAUCACACAAACCCAUGUCGAGGGAUUGACAGGGACUCAAGUCACUGAUAAGGUCAGUAAGACCAACUAUGCUGGUAACGAGGCCAAAAUCACUAUUGCUGGCGAGGUCGACCGAGUAUACUCUUCACCCUCGACCCCCGACUCGGUGGCUAUUGUAUCAGGUUCCAAGACCCUUUUCAACGUCCAAAACCUGCAAAACCUGAAAGACGUUGUUGUCUGGAACCCCUGGACCGAAAAGGCCAACGGACUCGCCGACUUCUCGCCCAAAGACGGCUUCAAAAACAUGAUCUGUGUCGAAACAGGCUCGGUGUCCAAAUACCAAACCGUGGCCCCCGGCGCCAAAUGGUCUGCCAGCCAGACCCUCAAAUCGCACUUGUAA